AGACGAACGAUGACUGAAAACGUGUCAAACACUUCAUAUUUACCGUAUCCGGUCGUGACUGUCGCGUGGACGCGAGUGUGACCGGUCGCACCAAUAUAGUGGUUCGGUACGUACGUCUAUUAGUACUUUAAUAUCAAAUGUCACUAUCACGUAGUGAUUAUAUGCUCUUUGGUCACUAUUGUCAAACGCGAACGUAUUGUUAGUUAUUGUAUUUCCUUAUCUCAUAACACGAAAAAUAGAUUGAUUGAUUUCCUUAUCUCAAAUUACUUAAUAUGAUUUUAAAAUUAUUACCUUCAGAGUUAAUUAAUAUAAAAUAGGAUAAGUAACAACUAUUUAUAAAUGAGUAUAAGUCAAGAAUUUGGGAGUAGGAGACGUGAGAUAAUACCAUCUGCGAGGAGAAGCAUUCAUCCUCACGAUCUGUCAGCUAACGCAGCAGAUAUGGUGCGAUAUGGCGAUGACAAUAGCAGCGACGACGAGCACCAGGAGGGCACGGAGGGAGUUGACGUUGUGGACAACGUUAUGAGCAAAUUUUCUCAUACUUCGAGCCCAGUUGCUAUGAGGAGAAGAAAUUCUAUGACACCCCCAAAUCUACAAUACACGGAUGAUUCUGAUGAACACGGUGUCGUAGCCAAAUCCUUACCCGCCACACUCCCGUCACGUUCAUAUUACAGUGACGACUUUGAUAGUUCGCGGACGCAGAGCAAACAUCUUAACAAGUCUGUCUCAGUAUCGCCGCGGCUUCGCGGCAAUAGAAGCGCGGACAGUCGAAACUCCAGCUUCGCCAGCAGAACUCCAAACGUUUCCCACAGAAUAAACCAGUCAAGCAGAGAACGAGAAGAAAAGACCUCGGGAAACAUAACCAAAUAUCUAAUCGGUCUGCUGACCGUAUUAUGCGCUACGUAUUACUAUGAUAUCUUUAGCUCGUCAGACCAGCAGGCUAGAUAUGAUGAAAUGAAGUUUCGCAGUGAUCUCAAUGAAUUGGGAGCGAAAUACAAAGUGACUGACGACUCGAUAUUACAGUUACAAGCAGGAAUCUCGACGAUAUUUGAAAGAGAAGAUACUAGCUGUUUCAUAUUUCUUUAUGACAGCCAGAAAAGUGAUUACGACCCUAGCAAGUUUGAUGGGUUCGUUGACAAUGUGGUUUCGAAUACGGCCAAAUUCUUACGCAACCACACCAUCCCAUCCAAGCACCGAGUCGUAGAUGGCGCCGACUUAAACAUGGGCAGUCACACGCAACUGGUGCGCGCGUACCAGGGCGACAUAGCGACGGCGGGGGUGCUCCUCGUCAAGGACGUGGCCCUCGUGCCGUCGCCGCUCGCCAUGGCCUUCCACUACUACUGCGACGAGUACCAGCCACUCGUCAGGAAGAGCGCCAUAUUCUUCACUUUGAACACCGCCAAAUGCCACAAUUCAGGCGAAAAAUCAUCUCAUGCAUCGGCGGAAAGAUGCCUGAAGGAAAAAUGGGAUACCGUCCCUAAAGACAACAUCGGGCCGCUCCUGACGAGGGUAGCGAACGUCGUGGUCGACGUCACCGAUGGCGUGUAACUUUCGUGUGAGAAUUACCUUUGAUAUAAAGGGCCGAAUCCGAGCAGAGCCUCUGGAGCUAUUAUUUUUGUCGGCAUAAAAUUUGUGGGUAUUUUUUAACCUUAUUUAAAGGCAGAGCAAAAAUUAGGCGCCGGUGAUCUAGUAUUUUGGAUGGCAAUCAAAGGUAAAGGCAAUUAGUAAAGUAGCUAGCGCUAGGCGACAGGAAAUACGAGUUAUGUACUCACAUAUGAGACGUUAUUAAUCAAAAUUAUAUUGUGCCGAUGAUCGAUCGAUUUCUAAUUGUAAUUACGCCUUAUUAUUAAGAGGUAUGGGUACAGUGAAUGUCAUCUCGCCAAAGCUCAGACACCGGUUAAAUUACCGAAUCGUUAUCAUGUGUACUUGGCGCAAAACUGUUUAAUUUCGGUUUCGUUCGUGAAACCGUUAUUUUUAAACAAGUUUUUAGGAGAUCAUUUCCAUACAGUUCUUGUCAGAUUAUACGGUUUAGAACAAUAGAAACCGGUUUCUUCCUUUGUCGGUGUUUUUGUCUUCGAGGCACACCACCGGGCCAGCCAGCCGUCUCAUUGCUCGUAACCCAUUCAUGGCCAAGACCCGUCGAGCUUACACAAUACGCCAGGCCGCCAUACAAACCGUUUUUAGCUAAAACGUACGACUCAGCUUAUGGGUCUCUGACCUGGCGCGUACGGUAAAUAAAUCGCCGCUUGUGAAGCCGGCCAGUUGAACAACAUUAUGCAACAUUUUUACUAACCACCUUUUUUCUGUGCCUAUAAAAAAAGGUUGCAGUUUGUAGGAAUGAACAUUUUUAUUUAUUUAAAUAUCUGUGUUUGUUGUUGUUGUUUUUUAGGUCUCAUCCUGGAAGUUGACCCAUUCCCAAUUUGACCCAUUUCCCGAUUUCCGAUUAAGAUGAAAUUUUGCAUGCAUAUGUAAAUCGGAUGACAAUGUAACAUUAUCAUUAACAUGGAGCUGAUCUGAUGAUGAAGAUAGAAAAUGGCCAUUCUGUGAUAAAACAAUGCAAACGAAUUGUGUCUGAGGUUGUUACAAUUGUCUCGAUAAGUAUUAGUUGCAUGUGAAAAACAAAGAACAGGCAGUGAUAAAAGCUUGCCAAAAAUUAAAAAUAAAACAAAAAAGUUCCGGUAAUUCAUAGCCAAGGUCACAAAAUACGAAAUCACUAAACAGCACAGGAGCAGUAUAAAGUUACCGACGAAUAAAUCGUGACUAAAUAAUAUUUCCCGUAUUACUCCAAAAUACAUCUCUAAUGGAUGGGAUGAAACACUUCUUGAACUCCUGUGAAAAAUACCAUAUGAAAGAUAAUACCGCCGCUCGGAUGCAUUCAUUGUUUAUUGUUCAAGUGUGUCCGAUAAGCUUACACUUGGUCGGUCGUUAUCUUUGUUUUGGUAAAAGUAAUUAUAAUAUAGUAACAAUAGACCACUUAAAAUGUAUUAUAGUACUUUCUUUCUAAUCUACAGUAAAAACCACGAAGACGCUUUAAAAAACUUGUAAAUACUUGUCACGCGCUAUUAUGAUAAUAGUUAGUGGUGAGGUGGUGACUGUUUCAACUGCCUUGUUUUAUAUUGUAACGAAAAAAAAAGAAUGAAUAUUAUCAUCACUGUAAGUAGGUAAUUGCCUACCCAAUACAACGAUCACCAAAUAUUAUGACAUAAAAGUACAGUGGGAGAAAAUCCUCGUUGCCUUACCCCUCACACAAAACAAAAUAUUAUUAUACUACGGCUUGGUAAAUGUUGCUUGCCAUCAUCUAAACAGUUAUCGGUUGUAAAAUGGUACAACAUCAAACAGCUUCAACAUGUAAUAAACUUUUAAACCAGCCAAUAAAGUAUAUUUUGGCCUGCUACGGAAACAUUUGUAGUUUUUACAAGUAGCGCCAGGCCACGGUGACCCAUCCCUGAGUCAUGUCAAUAACUUCUACAAUAUACAUAUUUUUGGUAUCUUUGAAAUAUAGAUUUUUCUGUUAGU